AUGCAUAAUAAAAUGUUUAAACAUGUAGAGUUAUUGAAUUUUAUUUCUGAUAUUCUAAAAGAUGGAGUAUCAAAAUCUACAUAUAUUAAAAGAGCGGAUAUCAUAAUGACAUUAAUGAGUCCUGAUGUUCAACCAAUGGAAUAUGGUAACUCCUUGGUGACAUGUGAUGCGACGAUAUGUCAUGUUAUAAAAGCCCUACUUAGUGGCAUUCCAUCGGCCAAAGAAAUAACUGAGUGUAUAUCCUCAACAUGUUGUAACGAGACAAACUCGAACGCUCAAAGACCGUAG